AUGAAGGUCUGUAAAAUAGUUUUAUACUUUGCAGUAAUCAUAGUUUGUUUAUCAGCUCUUAUAGGAAUCUACUUAGGUAAACCUAAUAAAAUUGCUAGAGGUUUUGAUAGUGAUUGUAAAUAAUAAUUAAUUCAAACUAUUAGCUUAUGCUUGUGGUGUAGAUCCAGGUUUGGAAGAUUAUCCAUAUGCUUAUUUUGUUAAUCCUGUUCCAGAAUAUAAAUAUCGAAUUGUAUGUGUAAAAUAAUGUCCAACAUCUGAUACAUAAGAAUUAGAAUGUGCUCCCAAUACAUAAAUACCAGAUUGUAAGAAAUAAACAACAGUGUUAUACCCUGAAAAAAUGGUAAGUUAUUAUGAGUCAUUUAAAUACAAAGGAAAUGUUUGUAUGCCUACUUCAUUAGAAUAUUAUCAAGGAGUUAAAGAUUUCUCAUCUCCUGGAAUGAUAGGGAUGAUUAUUAAUGAUGUAAUGUAAACAUGGCAUAUCAUUGCAAUAAUCAGUUUUUUCAUAAUAGUUAUUUGUACUAUCUUGUUGGAUUAAUUAAAAGUAAAUACAACAUAUGUAGUAUGGGCAUUCUCUUUAUUUUCUUUACUUAUUGUUGGAGUUAUUGGAAUCUAUUUCAUUUCUUAAUGGAAUUUUGCAAGAAAUUAUGAAACUGAAUAGGCUAUUAUUAAUAAUUUCAAGGUUGAUGAAGAUUAUAUAUAUAAAAUGACUAAUAAACCUAAUGAAAUUGUUAAUUUUGUAUUUGGAAUCAUUUUUGUAUUUGCUUUUUUAUAUGGAACAUAUUGGUUAUACAAAAAUUCUGAUAGAGUUUAAGAUUUAGCAGAUAUAUUUGAAUAUGUUGAAAUAUUUAUGGCAGAUAAUAAAUUUCUACUACCUUUAAAUUAUGUAUUCUUAGGAUUCUUAAUUUCAUUCUUAUUACUUUUAUUACUUACUUGUUUGUAAAUUAUUUAUAAUUAAAUUAGGUUUCUAGGUUCAACAUUUAAAUUAAAAAAUGAUUAAAAUUUAGGUCCAUUUGAAAAAAUUGAAUUAAAUACUAUAAUUUCACUCUCUACAAGUUCAGUAUUUAUUUUUGUAAUAUGGAUUAUUUAUGUUAUUAAUGGUUGUUAUUAAUCAAUCAUAUUUAGCAAUUUUAAAAUUUGGAUUAAUAAUAUGAUUUCUUAAAAUCAAAUUUAAAAUAGAGAUUCUCUUGAAUUAGGUAUGUUGAUACUUUACUGUUCUAAUGCUAUUAAAAAUUUAAAUUUAUAAGUUAUUAGUAAGAUCUCAUUUAUAUUAUUGUUUUCACCAAUUAAAUUUAUUUUAGAUUUUAUCAAAGAUACUAUAGAUAAUAUAUUUAAAAUAAGAUGCAAUCCAUUUAAAUCAUUAUCAAGUAAUAUUAAAUAUUAAUAUAAUAAAAGCUAUUGAAGAAGUGUUAUAUUAUGAAGUUGAUCUAAAUUAAGAUAAUAUUACUAAUGCUAUUUAAAAAGUAAAGGAUUCUUUAGAAAUUAAUGAAGAUGGGGAAGCCUUGAAUACUUUUGAAAUAAUAAGAAAUAUCAAUGACUUCUUUUUAUUGAUUGUAAAGGUUUUUGCUUGCCUUAUUUGUGUUACUUUAUUUUUGGGUAUACUAUUUAUGAUAAAUUCAAUUAAAUAACAAUUUCCUAUACUCUAAUAAAGUAUCUAGAUUAAUCUAUAUUAACCUAUGAUACCUGCUUUUAUUGUUGGAAUCAUUGGGUAUACUAUAUUAUAAAUAUUAAAGAUAUUAAGUUGCAUAAAUCUAUUUCUGUUAGUACUCUGUUGUUCAAUGUUUUGGGUAUGCAUAUAUUGCUGCCUAGACUCAAACUUAGAGGGAUUAUCAAAUUUAUAAAGACAAUUAUUAAGGAAUAUAAAAUCAAUCAUUAGCAGAAUUUCAAUAAUCUAAUAUAUAAAGUUAAAUUAGAUACUAAAAUUUGAAGACAAGAUUUCCAGUAUUAAUAAAAUAAUAUUAUCUUAGGAAUUAAAAUAAAUGAUAGAAAGAAGUCUUCCAAGUUUUUAAGUGAGAAACUAAAAUAUAAACAAUGUUUGA